AUGGAUAACAUACCAGAUAUUCCUAACCGGGAUAGGAAACAAACACCCGAGGGUGACUAUGAGACCAUCGCCACAGUCCCAAUUGGGGCGCAUUCACUAACACCGCAACGAAUGACCCAACCCACCCAACUCGUCCAAAUGCCCCUUCCUCAUUCACACGAACCUGUCAUUCAAGUGGCUGCCUCUUCACCUGCUGCCCCCGCUCAUUCACCUCCCCGUCGAGGGGGUAUAUUAUCCUCCCUUAUGGCACCUUCUGGAACAGCCUUCCGUUCCCCGGCAACUACUGUUCGCCCUACCAAAAGACCCUCUACCAUUGACAUUGACGACGGACCCACCUACCGAGGAGGAUCUUCGGAAGACGAAGAAAACUACACCGUCCGCUCCACCGACAUCAAACCCGCCAUGUUUGGAAAAACCCGAAGCCCGGAGAAGGUAGCAGAGUCACCUGUGCGCGCAGACAGCGCAAUGGAUCGUUUCAAGGAAAUCACCUCUGCCGCGGUCUAUGAUCCCUCCUCCAACGGCGUUAAGCGCUCUGCGGACCAGAUGAGCCCUACCGUACCCGACCACAUCGCCAUAAAAAAAGCCAAACAAUAUGCGCCCUCGCGUGCCAUGCCUGUGGUCAGCCAAGAAUCUUCUCUGCGGGACAUUGAGGAUUACCGAGUUCGCAUCAAAGUUGAGCGCAUUCUGCGGGUCAUGCCGAACAAAGCGGUCGAGGACUGUGUGCAGGCUCUCAUCAGCGCAAAUGGAAACUACGACGAUGCGCUGGAUCGCCUCGCCGACCCCCAGGGUCUGGCGAAACAAAACGGCAACCCACCAAUUGUCAUUAAUUCAUCUGAUGACGAGUUGAGCGUUAUGCCUACGGCUCCGGUCCCAAUGGCCAAACAACAGAUCAAGGCCCGUGGCACCAUUCACGACAAAUGGGCCUCACGCAACCUUAAGACCUCCCGGGACCAAAGCGCAGCCGAAGAUGUAAAACCUCGAGGUCGGCUCAUGCGCGGUCCCCGAAACCGUGUCCCCCUAAACAAAAGACUGGUCGUCUCCAGAAAGGCCGUCGCCGAGAUCCCUCCCCCGGAGUCUGUCGAGGCGGAUAUGACUGAUUCCGAGGAUGAAGACGUGAAAGCUGAGGAUUCCACCGCUGGCGGUUUGGAUUCUAAAGUCCUCAAAUUUUUCAACACUUGCAGCGUCCGCGAUCUUGCCGACAUUGCCUCCAUCCCUGAGGAUACUGCCAGUCACGUCACCACCCACCGUCCCUUUGCCUCACUUUAUGAUGUCCGCGCUGUGGAGGCCCCGGUUGAUCCAAGCAAGGCAAAGGGCAAGGCCAAGCCGCGCAAAGCUCCCAAGCCCAUCGGUGAUAAGCUCGUUGACAAAUGCAUUGAGAUGUGGACUGGGUACCUGGCAAUUGAUGCUCUCGUGGCUGAGUGUGAAGCACUGGGCAGACCAGUUGCUGAGGAAAUGAAGAAAUGGGGUGUUGACAUGUUCGGUAAGCGCGAUGGUGAUUUCGAACUGACAUCGAUGACCAACGGCAAUGCACAUGAUUCUGGAAUUGCUACACCCUCGACCAAUCGCCAGUCGCCCAACGACUCCGACGAUGAAGGCCCUGUGGCUGUGGUUCGAAAGCCUAAGUCACAAUCGAAUUUCAUCCCACAACCCUCGAUCAUGGCCGAUGAUCUCGUGAUGAAGGACUAUCAAAUUGUAGGAAUCAACUGGCUGUCAUUAUUGUUCCAGAAAAAGUUGAGCUGUAUCCUUGCCGACGACAUGGGUCUCGGUAAGACCUGUCAGGUUAUUGCAUUCCUCGCCCACCUGUUCGAGCAGGGUGUCAAGGGACCUCAUCUCAUUGUUGUUCCAUCAUCAACUAUCGAAAACUGGCUUCGCGAGUUCCAAAAAUUCUGCCCCACUCUCUCUGUCAUCCCCUACUACGCCGGCCAGAACGAACGUGCCAAUCUCCGCGAGCAGAUUGAAGACAACCGUGACGACAUCAAUGUGGUGAUUACUACCUACACCAUUGCUAGAGCCAAGGUGGACGCCAAAUUUCUCAGAGACCAGAAUUUCAGUGUCUGUGUAUACGAUGAAGGACACAUGUUGAAAAACCACCAGUCUCAGCUGUAUGACAAACUUGUUCGAAUUCCGGCCCGGUUCCGACUUCUCCUUACUGGUACCCCCCUCCAGAACAACCUCCAGGAGCUGGCAUCUCUUCUGGGCUUCAUCUUGCCUAAUGUGUUCAGAGAGCACAAGGACGACAUGAACGCUGUCUUUUCCAACAAAGCGAAGACCUCCGACGAGUCUCAUGCCACCCUUUUAUCCGCUCAGCGCAUUGAACGAGCCAAGUCAAUGUUGAAGCCUUUUGUCCUGCGCCGCAAGAAGCACCAAGUCAUUGAUCUCCCUGCGAAGACUUCGCACGUCAAGUACUGCGAGAUGAAGCCCUCCCAGGUCGAGAUCUACGAGCAUGAGAAGGAACAAGUCCGCCAGCUCCUUGAAGACCGUGCUGCAGGCAAGAAGACCGGCUCCAAGUCCGCCAACAUCCUCAUGAAACUCCGCCAAGCGGCGAUCCACCCUCUCCUCGCUCGCCGUCAUUUCAACGACGAGCGAAUCCGCAAAAUCUCCAGAGCGUGCCUCAAGGACCCCCAAUGGGAAAUGUCCGACCCUGAGACCAUCUUCAGCGAGCUGAAAAGCUAUAACGACUUCGAGUGCCACCGUCUCUGCAUGGACAACCCCAAACACCUGGGGAAGUUCAAGCUGCAGAACGACGAAUGGAUGGACUCCGGUAAAGUCGAGCAGCUGCGUGAACUCCUCCUCAAAUUUAUCGAGAACGGUGACCGCACCCUCAUCUUCUCACAGUUCACGCUGGUCAUGGACAUCCUUGAGCACGUCAUGGAGACGCUGCGUAUUGAAUUCGUCCGUCUGGAUGGCCGGACCAAUGUCGAGGACCGCCAAUCAAUUUUGGACGCUUUCUACGAGAGAGUGGAAAUUCCCGUUUUCCUUCUGUCCACCAAGGCGGGUGGCGCCGGUAUCAACUUGGCCUGUGCCAACAAGGUCAUAAUCUUCGACUCCUCCUUCAACCCACAGGAGGAUGUUCAGGCCGAGAACCGUGCGCACCGCGUGGGUCAAACCCGUGACGUGGAGAUCUUCCGCUUCGUCACCAGCGGCACCAUCGAGGAGCAAAUCUAUGCUCUUGGCCAGACAAAGCUUGCCCUCGAUCAGGCUGUCGCUGGUGAUGACGACGGAGGCUCUGCUAAGGGAGAGGAAGCGGGGAUGAAGGCCGUGGAGUCCAUGUUAGUGGCGGACAUGGAGAGCGGGAAGGGAAAGGAGUGA